CCCUCUUUUUCAUCGACGAGAUGGCUUGGCUUGAUCUGGCAUCAACACGUGGAUCCUCAAACCGACACGGCUUAUCCAUAAUCUAGCAGUCAGUCAGCCAGUGAAGCUUCCCAACCGACACGCGGGUAUAUACUAGGUUAGACGGCCGUGACAGAAGAUAACUGGCCAAGAUGGCGACGAUCAGCUCAGCAGCCCCGCGCUUCAAACUUGUGUUCCGCGUACCCCCGGCAGCCUUAGCGUCCGUCAAAAGCGCAAUAUUCUCUACGGGUGCGGGUCGUUAUCCGGGGCCGGGCAAUUACACGGAAUGCUGUUGGACAACCAUGGGCACCGGUCAGUUCCGGCCCGGAGACGCCGCAAAUCCCCACAUCGGGAAAGUCGGCGAGCUCGAGGAGGUCCCGGAAGCUAGAGUGGAAACACUCUGCGUCGGCGAGGAUACCGUUAGAAAAGCCGUCGAAGCGCUGAAGAAAGCACAUCCGUAUGAGGAACCGGGGUAUGAAGUAUACAGAGUAGAGGAUAUUUAACCUCCUUGAAGCAAGGAGUAACAGCGUUAUCUAUACAAAUGGGGUGGCUCAUGGAACUAGUUUGAGUCUCAUGCAGGUACAUUUCCAUAUUAUGGAAGCUAAUGAAUAUAUCGAUAUUCAUGAUUUGACAUAAGCUAAAUCGUCAAGUUGAUUGCAGUUGCC